GCAGGACGCUAAACACCAAGGCCGCAAAGGGGGAGCACUCCCCAUGUACCCCUGAAACACUUUGGGAUUCCUCAAACACCGCAUCGGAACUGACGAGGAGAUCUUGAGACUCGGGCAGUAGCGCUUGAACCUGAGCCUCAUGAUGGAGAGCCCACUGAUCAAACGGGAUUCUCGGGCCCGUGAAGAAAUCCACUCCACCUUCCAAUAACCCGCGGAAUUGCAGAUACAUUACCACCGUAAUGUAUGUAUCUGUGUCGGGUCUUGAUGCGCCCGGGCAUUUGAUGUUGCGAUGCAACACAUAUAUUUUUCGAAACCUUGCAUGAACGGAAGCACAUCCGAGCCAAAUGGCAUAGUAGCGCAUGUCAGGGGCGUUGGCAGUAGCUCAAAUCGGAAAGUCGCUCGCAGAGCCCUGAGCCGUGUCUUUUGUAGUGUGGCUGGCCGCCUGCCGCCAUUGUUGGCUCAAACUGCUCAGGAAAUCUGCCGAGUCCCAUGUCUAUCACAUGCUCGAGUCCCUGUGAGACAAACGAGUGGGGGGCCAGGUUGCAGAAACGUAGGAUUGCCCCGAGACUGUCAGCUAAGGUGGUGCAACCCGCCUCACCGCUUUGGCGUGGCUGGGAACAUUGGUCCUGCCAUCCAGCAAGUCCGCGUAGUUGUAACGGGCAAACAACUCAUUGAAAAUCAAGGACGAAGCAGGUUAGCCCGGAGAGGCUGUAUUGAGCUAAGGUUGACGGCAGAUGAGGCACCGGACGUUCCGCCAAAGAACACCGGGUCCUUGGUUUCUCCAUCGGUUGUGGAAAAAACGGAUAAGGGACCCAUAACUGCCCUGUGAAAUGGUAUCCAACCCUCAAGUGAGAAACCGUACGCGUACGAUAAAGCGCUGGAUAUGGAAAGAAGACGAUACGUGUAACUUACGAUGCUCGCGGCGUUGAGAGGGUUCAUCACAGCCUCGGUUCCCACUAGGCCGAGAUGAGGAGCUUGGCACUGGCCAUGCUGCCACAGCCCUGCCAACGGUAGGCGAUCUGAGAAACCCGCAAGG